GGAUAAAAGAUAAGUGUCAAUUUCAAGGCUGGCCUGCCCUUCUCAGCCGGACUGGAAGAGAUCCCAGGAGAGCCCGGCGGGGCAGAUGCAGCCCGCAGAGGGGGUGUUUGCAUUAGCCCGUCUAGUGCAGCAGGAAGCUCCGGGGGCUGUAGGAUUGAAUAGCUGGAGCCCAGAAGCCCUCCCGUAGCCCCCAAAGGUGCCGUAAGACGCCUGCGGUCUCGGUGGCGCGACCCUUCUAGCUAGCGCGGAGCUGGAGCGCAGCGGGCCGGGGAAGACACGCGGAAUCUCUGUCCCUGUUCAUUGCGUUUCCUCCCCCGACAGCGGCUCUUGCCUGGGGCGGGCUCAGGGAGGGCGUUCGCUGCUCAGAAGCACGGCACGGUCCAAAGCUCCCCCGCCCAAGCUGGGAUGCUGGGACCUGGAUCCCUCGGGCAUAUUGUUGUUGUUGUUGCCUGGCGACUUUCCUGCCUCUUUCGGGGAAUGUGCCAGCCCGGGCACUUUAACACACAAGCACCAAUACCAGUCCCACGCGGAAGCUCCCAGAUCUGCCAGUUCUCUGCGCGCUGGGUCUAGCCCAGCGGCCCCUGUUAUCACCCCUCUGCGGACCGCCGCGCUGAUCCAAACCGAGCCCCGCUGAGGUUCCCGCGUGCAGAAAAGCCAGCGACCGCUCGGGCCCUGGUGCUGCACGCCCGGCCCACCCGGAUCUGCUAGGGAAGCGCUGGCUGCGCCCGGAGCGCAGGAUCGGGCCGGCCUGCCAUCCCCGGCUUACGGCUGCCCAGGACGCGCACUGGUCAGAGCUGAGCGCUCUUCUCCCUUCGCCUGCUGGCUUGGAUGAGCCGCACAGUGUAUGCUGUUGGUGGUCUGCUUCUUCUAGCUGGACUCCUGUUACCCACAGCCGAGGGGAGAAAGAAGAACCGUGGAUCUCAGGGAGCCAUCCCUCCUCCUGACAAGGAUCAGCCCAAUGAUUCAGAGCAGACACAGACAAAGCAGCAGCCAGGUUCAAGGCACAGAGACCGGGGAACUGGCACACCAAUGCCCGCCGAAGAGGUGCUGGAGUCUAGCCAGGAAGCAUUACACGUCACUGAACGCAAGUAUCUUAAGCGGGAUUGGUGUAAAACUCAGCCCCUCAAACAAACCAUCCAUGAAGAAGGCUGCAAUAGUCAUACUAUUAUCAACAGAUUCUGCUAUGGCCAGUGCAAUUCUUUCUACAUCCCAAGGCACGUCCGCAAAGAGGAAGGGUCUUUUCAGUCCUGUUCCUUCUGCAAACCUAAGAAGUUCACCACUAUGACAGUUACACUCAAUUGCCCUGAACUUCAGCCCCCUAGAAAGAAGAAGAGGAUCACGCGAGUCAAGGAAUGUCGGUGUAUAUCCAUAGAUUUGGACUAGACUCUGCAGAAUAUUAUUACCCCGAUGCUCCAGGCAUAGGCAAUCAUCAUUGCCAGGUUAAAUAAGAGUGCGUGACAUAACUACCAUACCUGCGUGGCUGGACACAACUGACAGGAACCAGAGUGAAUCACCCAAAACGUGUGUGUGUGUGUGUGUGUGACUGACUGCAUAUCUAUACAGAAGUAUAUGAAUGUUCACUAUAGAGUAAAAACAUUUAAAUUCAUGUGUGAAAUAUCACCGAAGGCCUGUAAACACAAGGUUCAAUAUCACAUCUAUGAAUUAGGACCCUUAGCAUACACUCACGUUCUCCCUGCUUGCUGAGUUCAGUGCAGCUGUGACUUUUGCUAAUGCUUCACUGGAGACCUUACUAUUCACUUUCACGAUAUGAAAAGAAAUAUUAAAUCGGAGGCAUUCAGGAGCUUCCAAGCAUGAAUUUGAUCCUAAAUUUGAAAUAACCAAUGUUAAAAGAGGUGCAGCCAUAGGUGAAACCUCACUAAAAGCCACACUUCCACCAAUAGUUUCUAUUAUGCUUUUUUUUUUUUUUUUAAAGCAGCGUUGCUGGGAGGACUGGGGCUGGGGGGGAAGAUAAGAACCACCAGGACACAGACAGAGAGAAAACAUAACCCAAGGGAGCUAGAAGGAAAAAGAAGGCCAAGAGUUAGCAGGAAGGAGAGGAAAAGGAUAGGAGGGAGUAGGAGAAGGAAGGAGAGAAAAGAUGAGACACAAAGGAAUAAGGAGACAUUUUCUUCUGCUACUUUUUUGCUUUAAUUUAUAGACCAAUCCAUUUGUUAUAUAAAAUUAAAAGAAAUUACAAACAAGGAAUUCAUUCCUGAAUUCUAACAGUCUAAACCACUUAAGAUCCAUUCUUAUGCCACUAGAUCCUCUUGAUUUAUUUAGGGUCUUGUAAUUCAGAUAUCAGCUGCUUUAUAUAUUUAUGUAUGUGUCUGUACUGUACAUGUCAUAUGUAUAUAUACAGUCUAUCUACAUAUGUGGGUAUAUAUGUGCACUCAAUGAGGUUAUGUAGUUUGUGUAUCUGUACUUUCUCUCUCUCACAAUAUACCAAUCACAAAAAAAAUCUCAGUAUACAACAUCAAGCACAAAAUGGCAGUAAUUUAGCAUAUAAAGAGCAAAGCAAAAAUUACAAGCAUCAUGUGACUGCAAAUGCAAUAACCACACAAGAGACAAAAGACAUGGCAUGCAUGACUAGUAAACAUUGCAUUGUUAUUGUUAUUUUAGCUCUGCCACAGGCAUGCAGUUCGUUGAAAAGAAGAGAUGCAGAGCCUUGCCAGCAAUAAUCUGCUUUUUAUAUCCUUUACCACAGUCUUGCAUUUAAACAGGAUUUGGACUAAGUAAAGAGAAUUUCCUGAAAAUUAAGGGCUAAAUGCUCCCCUUCUGGAGAAAAAGCCAUGGGCGGGGAAUAGUAACUCCUACAACUCCAUGGGCUUCACCUCUGGGGUUAUCCCGGCAUUCUCCCCUUAGGGAGUGCAGAAAGUCUUGCAGGAGACUCUAGAGAUUCCAGCACAGCUGUACAGAAGGUGAGCCACUCCCCACUUCACCCUAAUCUUCACUUCCUCACUCACUCAGCAGCUUUCGCCCUCCCCAGCCCUAUCAUAGACUCAUAGAAUAUCAGGGUUGGAAGGGACCUCAGGAGGUCAUCUAGUCCAACCCCCUGCUCAAAGCAGGACCAAUUCCCAACUAAAUCAUCCCAGCCAGGGCUUUGUCAAGCCUGAGCUUAAAAACCUCUAAGGAAGGAGAUUCCACCACCUCCCUAGGUAACCCAUUCCAGUGCUUCAACAUAGCCAGGCCUGAUUUUCACAGGGAAAUCAGUGGCCACUGGCUGACACCAGGGUUGCCUUAUUCUCACCAUCAGCUUGUUCUAAAACAGUAAGGCUAAAGGCAGGGAGUCCAGUGAGCAGGGCACUCAGCUAGAGACCUGGGUUCAACUCCUCACUCUAGUGCUUCCACAAGCAGUAAUUUCACAGUGUUUACCAGCCAGGUGAAGGAGGAAACAAGCCACGUAGAAUGGCUGCUUCUGAGCGCAUCCCUAGCAAUACGUUUCAAUCUGAUCUCACAUCAGUAAAAAGGCCUAUUUCUGCCACUAUUGAUGUCACGGGGAUCAGGAUUGGGCCAUACGUCAGGAGUAACCCCAGUGAAGGUAGAAAUUCCAUUCUAAAGUUACCCUCAUAUAAAAUCAGUGUGUGUGAGAGAAUUAGGCCCACUGGGUUUGUGUGGAUGGGCUUCUAGUCUGAGACACAGCCUGCCACUGAGGUGCCUUUUCUCUUCUUCUGUAUGCACAGGCCACAACUGGCAAUAUUUGGACAACUGUGCUUCCUCAUAUUCUAUGUUUCACAACAGAGGGGAGUAUAGGGCCUUAAUUUCGGAGCAAUCCACAAAGUAUUUUUAUCCAUCUGGACUCCAGAGAAAGACAAUUAUUCUAUUAAUAUUAUGCCAAAAGGGAAAAUACAGCAUUGACAUAUCACAAAUACAGGAUCUGUGCAGUCAUUUAUUUAAAAGCCACAGCUAUUACACAAGGUAUCACACAGUUAUUGGUCAAAUCCUACAUUUCUGAAUUUAAUAUAUUUUUACUGUGAGAUUCACAACAGCGCCAUCUGUAACACUAAGAUUGCAAAUCAGUGAUUCAUAUUAUUAGACUGUACACAUUGGAUCUGGCGUCUUCUGACUUUGCGGUUCUGACACGUUUCUGCGUGGAUUUUAAAAACUAAAAUCUGGAGUUACAGGAGGUAAAUUUCCACUGUGUGGAAUGUGAAUAGUUAGAAAAAUAUGGAUAUUUAAUGUUAUUAAUACAAAGCUUUUUUCAUUGAUAUGAUAGGGGGUUUGUUUUCCUUUCAAUGACUUCUUCCGAGUUGGUGAAAACAAGAAGUCAUUCUGAAACCUGGCUGAAAGCUUUAAACUAGUUAUUGUUUCUAUUCAGUGAACAGACACACAGCUAGGGGUGAAAUCCUGCCCCCUCCCUAUUGAAGUCAAUGGCAAAACUCCUAUUGACUUUAAUAGGGCCAUGAUUUCACCUUAGGUUGCUAAGGACCAUAUCCUCAAAGAUAACUCCUCAUCAGAAGUUAGGUGCCUAACUACCUUUGAGGAUCUGGGCCUAAGUCCCUACACUCCAUAGCCAGCAGACAAAGCUUUAGAUGUUUCUGGCUCCUUUAUUUAACAUUCCUUAGAGGUUAACACUUUCUGAAGCAAAAUUUGUGAAGCUUUUAAGAUGUACAUAAAGGAACAGUUAUCUAUGCAAAGAGCACAAAGGAACCCCCUCUUUAGGCAAAAUCAAAUGUAAAUUUUAUACAACAGACUUUUGUGAAUUGCUAGUUACUGCUUGGGACUAAAAAGUUCUGCUGACUUACAAUUAUACAAGAUAUAUAAUAUCUACCACAAUAUGUAUUUAAAUGUCUGCUUUAGUCUAACCUCCCCUCCCCCAACUGACUAUAUAACCUAAGGCUGCAGUUUUCAUUCUCAGUCUCAUGAAACAAAUUUUCAUUUUAAAAUGGAAUUCUACUAAUUUUGCAACUGAAUAGAAUUGGACUCUCUUCCCCCCCCCCACAUCCAGCAUUUUAUAUGUCAGUUUAACUACUAUUAAAUAAAUAAAACAGCUUCUUCAGUC